AUGCCCGGUCGCAAAUGCGAAGUGUUGACGACAUCCACUAAUCCAAAAUCGAAGAAAUCAAACAAGAGGGCCAAUAGAACUGCAGAACGUGGUGAUAUAGUAAGAAGCCCAAGCCGAAGACCACAACGGGCAUCAGCAUUGAGAGCCUCCGAAAAGAUUAGAGAGCUUAUGUCAACGGAGAAGAAACCCCGACGACAAUAUGAGGAAUACGAAGUGGAAGAUAUCCUAUCUCACACUAUUAAGAACGGUAAAAUUAUAUACAGGAUAAGCUGGGUCGGUUAUCCGGGCUAUAUUAGUGAAAUGACGGAAGAAGAUCUCGCAAAUUGCGGUGAACUACUGAAAGAAUACAAACUCAAAAUGAACAAACCUCGCGAAAAAUUAGUCAAAGUGAGCAUGACACCUCGACGGCAUAGCCGAGAAUUCUGA